AUGGGCCAUAUCUGGUGUCGCAGCUAUCCGAUUAGCCUCCAGAAGAUCAACGAGGGUGCUCAGUGCGAGCCGCUCACGCGGCCACAUGCCCUGUUGACUGACAUUCCUGGCUACGCUUUCAAUCACUCUCAGCUCCUCUGGUAUGAGAGCCGUCUGAGUCGUAACUACCGUCUCCGCAAAGCACCUCGCCAUGAUCUCUUUGGCGCACCACCUUGGCUGCGUGACCACAUUAUCACGGAUUCUCAUAUAUAUCCAGGUGUCGGGUACCUCAUCAUGGCUAUCGAGGCGGUUCGGCAGAUUGCCGAUGAAGGUCUGGCCAUCACUUUGUUUCGCCUGAGAGACAUUUCUAUCAAACGUACAAUGAUUGUUCCGGACAGUAAAGACGGUCUGGAAGUUGUGCUCUCCAUGAACCGAGUGGACGAAUCCAGUGUGUCGGUCUCAAAUGCAUGGUGCCGCUUUCAGAUAUCGUCGUACAACCCUGCUGGUGAUGACUGGGUCGAGCACUGCACAGUCUACAUUGCCGUGGAAUAUGCUACGACUACUGGCCCGAUCGAUGGCGGACGAGAGGCUAGGGGGGAGUCGGCCAUUAGACGUCGAGAACUAGAGAAUGCCGAGAAUAGGUGUCAAGCAGCAUUUGACAUGUUCCGCGCGUACGAAAAUAUGGCUACAGUAGGGCUUCAAGUUGGCCCAUUGUUUCGCAAUGGUUCGGACGCCAGAGGUACAGGCAGCCAAGGCAGAGCGGUCAUAGGACGAAUGACGGUGCCAGAUAUUGCGACAUCAAUGCUUAAGCAACACUUCUCACCACAUUUCAUCCACCCUGCCACGUUCGAUAGCAUGAUCCAUUUCGUCCUUGCCGCUAUCAUGGAUCUUUUCGGCGCCACAAGCCUGAAGAAUCCGGCAGUUCUAAUGUUCAUUAAAGAUGUAUGGCUGUCAACAGAGCUGAGUCCGCUGCCUGGUCACAAAUACAGAGUCCAUGGCCGGACUGAGCGAGUCGCUUUUGAAAAAUACGACAACGAUGUGCUCGUGUGGGAUGAGGCGGCCACUGGUGAUGCUAGAAUGUUGGUCACCGGUAUCCAUGCCACACCGCUAGACUCCGCGGACCAGCGAGCAGCAACCAGUAGAGAGUUGUGUCACGAAGUCAAGUGGCCCAUGUACCUGGAAACCAUCUCCCAAGCGGACUUGAGCGUAGAGAAUUCUCCCCUAGGGUCGGAUAGACUAACCGCUGAAUGGCAACCCGAGCACUGGACCAAAGAAGACAAGGUCUCAUCCGUCUCACGUUCCGAUUUCGAGGCUAUUCGAUACAACGAAGCGGCCAAAGCGGAGCUCUACAGCAAGAUCCAAGGAUACAAAGCAGAAGGUCGUCUGGCCUACCGCAUGGGCUCCAACAUCGUUUCCGUGCUACGUGGGGAAACUGAUCCCCUUCAACUCAUGUUCGGUCAGGACGACAUCUUGGACCAAGUCUACUCUGACCUUAAGGGCGCCGGAACCGGGUCCUUCACCGAAGCUGUUAUCCGCCACCUGGCCCCAGUCUCCAAUGACAGACGUCUUUUGCAGUCUAGCAUCCUUCAGUAUACGUACGCUGAUAUAUCUUCUGCUUUUUUUGACAAGGCUCGUGAUAGGUUCAAGUCCUGGCAGUCUAUCUUUGAGUACCAGGUGUUGCAUGCGGAAAAAGACAUCGAGAGCCAAGGUUUUGGAUCCGGGACGUAUGACAUAGUUGUCGCGCAGAAUGUGAUCCACGCCACUGAAGAUUUGCAUUCUACCUUGGCGAACCUGAGAAAGCUGCUCAAGCCCGGUGGUCGAAUUGUGAUUCAGGAAGGGGAGAGUAGGCGAUGGAGCCCAUUUGCGUCGAAAGAGCAAUGGGAAACGCUAUUGAGUGGAGCUGGGUUCGAUGGCGUUGAGCUAGAGUUGAAGGACGCUCAGACUCCAGUAUCGCAUACGCAGAGCAUUCUUGUGUCGCGCGCUGUAGAGCACAGCGCGGCGUUGAAUGUGCUCCCAGAGAAGGUAAUAGUUGUUGUACCCGAAAGAAUUGGCAGUGAUUUGGUCUCGGGAUUACGACAGCAAUUACAAUCAACACUUGAAAGUGGGGAUAUUUCCAUCACUCCAGUCCUGGAGCUGAAGGACCAGGAUCUAGCCCAGAGCCUAUGCAUUUCGCUCUUGGAGAUGGAUAAUCCCAUCAUGCCAAUCCUGACAUCAGAAGAGUACGAGGGCGUGCGAAAGAUGCUGACGGAGUGUCGUGCCCUUCUCUGGAUCACGGGCGACAUGGUAGCAAACCCGGGAAAUGGCAUCUCGCUUGGCGUCAUACGAACAGUACGCUGGGAGCGGGAUCUAGACGAUGCCAAUCUCUGCAUAGUCAAGCUCAGCGCUCUUCAAUUCUCCAGCACCAUCACCAGAAAUGAAAUUCAGGGCGAGUACCUUUUGAAUGAAGGAACCUUCUUCACGAGCCGUCUUCACUCAAGCUCCGGGGGAAAUCACUUUUUCAGUGACGCAGCUGGUCUUCCGGCUGUGGAUGUGGCGAUGCUGGCUAAGGGAGACAAGGUGCUGAUCCAUGCUACAGCAGGAGGAGUUGGACAAGCGGCGAUCAACUAUGCGAAGAGUGUCGGAGCAGAGAUUUUCGCUACUUUUUCCACGCCAGAAAAGAGAGAUUUGCUCGUGCAAAACUACGGCAUCGCGGAAGAUCACAUCUUCUCCAGUCGGGACAUGAAAUUUGCAAAAAGCGUUCAACAAAUCACUGGUGGCUACGGAGUGGACGUUGUUCUCAACUCACUCGCCGGUGAUGCCUUGCGAUGCUCUUGGGACCUCCUUGCACCUUUCGGGCGCUUCAUUGAAAUCGGCAAGAAGGACAUUCAAUCCAACUCUAGGAUAGAGUUGCGACCUCUGCUACGAAGCACUUCUAUCACUUGUGUUGAUUUGGUCACAAUGAUGAAGUGUCGGCCACAGCUAGUCAAACAGCUCACCGAAGACACCAUACGCCUCUGGAGCGAGGGAGUCGUCAAGACAGCGACACCAACAACUGUCUCACCCCUCUCAAAACUGGUUGAGGGUUUCGAAACUCUGCGAUCUGGACGUGGAACUGGAAAGAUGGUGUUUGUACCACACGCUGACGAUGUAGCCCCAAUCGUACCCGAGCAGCAGACUCCAUUCUUUUUCAAGCAAGACGCGACAUACGUCCUGAGUGAUGGUCUGGGUGGGCUAGGACGGAGUAUCGCAAGAUGGAUGGUGAGCAGAGGUGCUCGCAACUUGUUGUUUUUAUCCCGUAGUGAGAAUAUUACUCCGGUCGUUGCAGAGAUGGAAAAACUUCUAGCUGAGCAGAAGUGCCGAGUCCAAAUCGCGAAAUGCGAUGUCACCAACGCAGCGGAGCUUGUAAGAGUAUUGGACCAAUGCAAGUCUUCCUUACCGCCUAUCAAAGGUGACAUUCAAGGAGCUAUGCAACUAUCAAACAUAACCUAUGAUGCAUACAUGGCUGUGUUAAAGCCCAAGGUGCUUGGUUCCUGGAACCUCCACAAGUACCUCCCAGCUGAUCUCGAUCACUUCGUGUUUCUCUCUUCUGCAACUGGAAUACUCGGCAAUCGUGGCCAGGCAAACUACGCCGCCGGUAACACGUACCAAGACGCCCUCGCAGAGUACCGUCGCUCACAAGGCCUCUCUGCCAACACCAUCGACGUCGGUGCGAUUCUCUCCGUCGGAUAUGUCGCCGAACACUCUCCUCGGAUCGCCAUCAACAAAGGCGUAAGCGUCGAACUCGAACAAAUCCGCGAAGAGGAACUGCACGCGAUUCUUGAAUAUGCCAUCGAUCCACGGCAGAACCCACCCACCCAUGUUGUGACUGGUCUCGCCAACAGAGACAAAUACCGCACAAAGGGAAUGCCAACGCCUUCAUUCAUGAGCUUUCCUCUCUUUGCGCACCUGAAUAGUGAGAGCUUGAUCGGCUCUGCUUCUCCUGAGCGCACUGAGAUUCCGGUUGAAGCUUUGCUCGCUCAAUCAACAACAUUGGAUGAAGCAGCUGAUAUCAUCAAAACGGCGGUAACGGGAAGGCUUGCCAGUCUACUUUCGGUAGCAGCGGCCGACAUUGAUGAAGAUAAGUCGGUGAGCGCAGAUGGUAUCGAUUCGUUAGUGGCUAUAGAAUUCAGGACGUUCCUUGCGAGGGAAGUCAAGGCAGAUGUGCCCAUGUUGGAUGUUAUGGGGACCUCGACGAUCAAGGUCCUGUGCAGAAAGAUUGCUCCGCUGAGUCGUGCAGUUGAAGUCAAACAAGAUCAAAAGGGCAGUGAGUGA